AUGACCGACUCGCUACCCACAGAGCGACAAGCCUGGCGCCGAACAGAUGACCACUCACCUGGCGCGGCUCGUCUCAAGCUUGUCACGGAGCCCUUGCCCAAAGAACUCGCGCCGACGGCCGUCCUGAUCAAGGUCCACGCCGUGUCGCUCAACUGGCGUGAUGCCAAUAUUAGCAAUGGAGGAAACCCCUGGCCGGUGAUUCCCAAUGGGAUAAUCUGCAACGACGCCGCGGGAGAGGUCCUCGCCGUCGGCCAGAACGUCCGGCGGAUUCGCGUCGGCCAUCGCGUCGCACCCACCACCGACACCGAAUACUUGACGCACCGCUCGACUGGCCGAUCCUGGUUGGCCGCCAACGAGGACGGCGUGCUUGCCACGCACAUUGUGUACGACGAGUCGGUUCUCGGCCACCUACCAAAGUACCUGUCGUGGGAGAGCGCGUCGCUGAUCCCAUGUGCCGGUGUUACGGCGUGGGCGGCGUUGCGGGAUGUAGGGAUGGGGAAGAGUGUGCUGAUCCAAGGCACCGGAGGAGUGAGCAGCUGGGCACUCAAGCUCGCGCGUGCGUCCGGGCUGAAAGUGAUUCUCACCUCCUCUAGCGACAAGAAGCUGGAGCAGAUGAAGAAGCUCUUCGGUGGGCCGGAGAUACUGACAAUCAACUAUAAGACGACGCCGGAGUGGCAUGAGGAGGUGCUCAUGCUGACGGGUGGUAUUGGCGUGGAUCUUGUCAUCGAAAACGGCGGCGCCUCGUCUCUCGUCAAGAGCCUGAAAUGCACGAGGCGGGGUGGGAUAGUCAGCCAGGUCGGCUAUUUGGGCAGGCAGCAGCCGGAGGACCUACAGGAGCUUGUGCCGACGAUCAUUGACCGAAGGGUGAUCGUGAGGGGCAUCAACUGCGGGCCACCCGAGUACAUGGAGGACAUCUGCGCCGCUCUAGAAGCAACCCAAAUGCAGCUCGACGACAUCAUCGACAAGGUCUAUCCAUUUUCAGAAGCCGAAGACGCGGUGCAGUCGCUAUGGGAGGGCAAGGUGGUGGGAAAGGUCGUGCUGCGUCUCUGA